UCGACUACCAAGCCUCACCCUCCCUUUUCCGUUGCUAUCCCUCGCCAUGUCUGACAAAGUGAAAGAGUUUAUGGAGGUCCCUCAGGAGUUUGUCAAGGAAGGCCAGCAGUUCCUGAUACGCUGCACGAAGCCUUCGUACAAGGAGUUCCUCCAGAUCUCCAAGGCAGUAGCAGUAGGCUUCGCCGUCAUGGGCUUCAUUGGUUACUUUGUCAAGCUCAUCCACAUCCCGAUAAACAAUAUUCUAGUUGGUGGUGCAUAAACGACGCUGUGCUUCCCCCAUCGUUCGGAUGCCGCAACAUUUCGUGCAUUCCUCCCACGCUCCUGUGCGGUGUUCGCCUGAGAGCGUUG